CUCAGUAACAUUCGCUCUGUUUCAUUAAAACUUGUUAAGUAUGAACUGUCAAAUUUUCGGAUUUCGAUCCUUGAAACAAGAUGAUGUUUACAAACAAUCGAUGUUAAUAAUUAAAAUUAAUUUACCAUUAACGAAAACCAAUGCUCCAAAACUCAGAAUUCAAGUCAUCUCCAAGAGAUCGAAGCAACGUUCAUAUACUCCAGAAAUGAUUUUAGUUUAAUUCAACGUAUUUUAAAGAAGCAGCCAGUCUGUCAAAUACAAUGUUUAUUUAGUCUCUAAUCAGGAGAAAUGUAUCAAAUGGAACGGAGUCGUUCGAUGCAUCCCUCACCGGAUCAAGUGUACACUCUUUUAGAAGUCAUGGAGAUAAAUCCGCUUUUAGCGAAGGGCCACGUUAAGUCGGUAAUGGCCAGACAGACGGCCACCAGGCACUGGCAUCAUUUAGCUAUCAAACUAAACAAUAUGGGUGGAGCCACGAAGACCGGGAAGCAGUGGGCAAAGUAUUGGUCUGACAAGAAAAGUGCGGUUAAGAAAAAGGCAAUCGUACGUUUAACUGCAAUAAAACAAGGAUCUGACAGCGAACAAAUACUGGAACUGUCCGAUGUGGAAGAAAGAAUCAUAACUUUGAUGGGCGGUGAGAAGUUUGUAGUACCAGAAACUCCCAAACACGCGGCAAUCAACGACAGCUACAAGGACCCUCCUGGACGUGUCCCGGACGAGGACCGCGACACGCAACAAGCCAAUGUGGAAAUAAAUAACCACUCCUCGCGGAUAUCUGAGGAUGGUGAUUCAAGACAAACGACUAUGGUAUAUCAACACCCUGAGACAAUAGACGACCAAUCAAACAGAACUUCAAAUGUGUCUCUUUCGACUACGAUUGCGGAUCCCCUGGGGGACCCGCUGAGGCCGUCUUCGAAUAUGUCAGCCUCACACUUUAGCAGUACAUUGCGCACGGACGAGUCGAAACCCGCAUUGGAUUCCGUUAGAUCUGCUAGUCAUAUCAGAAAUAGAAGACCUUUUUAUCUCACGUCGGCUCCCACACGAAGUCGGAGAAGCUUCAUCAGGAACCUGACCGAGGGUCUGCUCAGGGUGGAGGAGCAGCGUUUAGAGAUGGAGAGGGAAAACGCGCAAUGGAACCAAAAACGAGACCGCAUGCUCAUUGAAACGUUUUCGGGGGUGUGCGAGAGUUUAAACGCUAGCCUUAACUGUUUGAACAAACUGACAUCGUUAUUAACAGAAUCAAUAAAAAAAGAAUGAAAA